UUGCUGACUCUGAAGCCGCGUUGCCACGAUUUGGAAAGGACACGCGGUUGAAUCUGCCGGCACUCUGAGUGAUUACUCGACUUAGGCUCAUAGAGUCUAUGUGCACGAUGCAUCCGGCACGGAAACGGCUCUCUCCUGCACACAAAUUCCCCGUCUCCGACCCUGAUGGGUUGCCAACACCACCUCACUCCCACACUCUUGAGCUCCACCCUUCCACUACGCGGUAUUUCGUGUACAGUGUUCUUGGUGGCACCCACCCCGUUACCGUGACUUCAAAACGCGUCGCGUCAGAUAUCGCGACUCUCAGCCCUACCUCCCACCCCGUCAACCUACCACUAGCCCCACAGCCUGAUCAAACGAUCAUCAGCAUACCCGGGUACCUCUACCUACCUGCCUUGGGGCGCCUCCAUCGCUCCUUCCUGUUGCGACUUUGGGGCAUUCCGCUUCCUUUUUUUCCGGCAAUUUACUACAACAUCUCACUCUCUUCGCCCCAACCUCACGAACCUGUACCUUGCAUCAUCACCAUUCUGCUAGUUAUCUUAUCCUCCCAUCCCACACUCACCAGCCAGUUGCCGCCCUCCUUUCCGGGCAUCAUUUUACUGUCCCCCACCCGCCGCAUGGUUUCCAGUUCGUGAGCGUCUGUCUCACCCAUGGCCGAAAACUCGGCAACUUCUCAGGCCGCCUGGCGAGCUUACCGGAGGCGUGAGCUCCGUCUUGAGACCAUCCAUCAUGCCGUCAUCCGCGGUGACCUCGGUCGUGUCCGGCAGCUGCUGUCGGCCGAUCCAAAAGUUACCGAGGCCCGAGCAGGUGAUGGGAGUACGCCGUUGAUGCUCGCGGCUCUGUUUCAGAGGAAGCGUGCGGUCCAGCUUCUGAUGAAACACAAAGCCAACACGGCGGCGAAAGAUAGCAAGGGCAAAACGGCUAUGCAACACUGCCUGAUGAACAGUUACACCGCCAACAAAUGGCGCUUGUACUCCGAGGUCUCGGGAUGCCGUAUCAGAGGCUGCAAAAAGUCAGACUAUAAAUGGAUAGUCGCUGCCCUCAAGUACCAAAACCGACACCAGCACCUCCCACAACCAAUCAUUCACAUAUCGUACAAGAGCCAUGAAAUCCGGUUUUUCGCAUCGGUGGGCGAGGGGAAACGGGGCUGUCUCGUACAAUCGUCCUCGCGGCGUCACGGCCUGCCCGAUCACCUGCUGGAGUUCAAUUAUACAUCCGCGGACGGUCGCUCUCGCCACUUCAAAUGCAUCCAGGAAUUCAUCCAGCCAGCGGGCGUAGACUUCCAAAAGCGCUUGACGGUCGGAUUUUUGGCUGUGGGCAAACAGCUGCAGCUUCUGAAAAUGGCGAUUUCCGGCUGGUCCGAGCAGACCGAAGACCUCCGGAUUCUGGACGGGGCGGUAUCGACCAGGCUAGUGAAAGCCUUCGGUGCAGCCGCAGGACUGGCGCUCCAUAAGCACCAGUAUGACAAGCCUGGAGGUAAUGAUAUGGGUGAUGGAUACUGGUGCAGCUCCCACGUGGAGAAGCGGCUUGCAUUAUACCAUGUCGUGCAGGUUGCGCGGGAGCACUUGGGACGUGACCUCGACCUUGAGCUGCAAUCCGGAGACAUGGGCUGGCUCCGAGAAUUGCGGGAAGCCAACCUUACCCACGAAGAUCGCGAUGCCACUAUACUCCUGGGAAAUGUCCCUUGUAAUAAUUGCCAUAGCUUCAUUGAGGAGCUAAACGACCUCACUGGCAUGCAAAUUCAUGUUCUGCCGAUCCGACCUCUCGCCGAGGAUGAACCGGCACCACGAAAACGAGACGAGGACGAGGACGAGCGUCUGCGAAUCAAGCAGCCAGAAAAUGAUGAGAAGGCCACGUCCAGUGGUGAGGAAGAGGCGGAACCCCAAAAUACCCGUACGACUACCGAAUGCACUAGGCGAGCAGCCAAAGGAUCAAACCCCAACAAACCUACUUUCGGUAACCUCUUCAAGGCAGUCACUAAGGAGGAAUUCUCCGAACUUCAAAAAAGGAGUCACCCCGGUGUCAGCUCGCGAAACGCAGGGAUACGACGUUAUUCUCAAGCUCGCGCUGAAGCCCGCUCUGGUCGGGGCGUCUCCAGAAUGGGUCGCGCAAAUUCCGGUCGCGAAAUCCGAGGUAGUCGUUACCCAGGUGGCCGGCGCGGCAGAGGCAGAGGGCAAGGGCCCAGGUCUGCUAUCGGUCGAGGACUCGUCGACAACGGCGUGGCUCAGUCAUCGCGCACAAGUCUCUCAAACCUAGAGCAAUUCCGCUAUCAAGCACCAGGCACAGCGUGACGAUGGGAGCACUGACGUCGACUUGUCUUUUUUCCUUAUUAGCACACUUGAUCACAUAUUUUUCGUUGUGCGAAGACAUUGCUGUUUUUUUUUCUAGGGGUUGGGAGUGUGUUUCGUUUUAGGCUCUAUGUGGACAUUUCGUUGUUUUCGUCACUUGGAGGGCUCACUUCCCCAUCGUCUCGAUGGCUUCAGCUCUUCGUGGUACUGGUAUCAUCAAGGUCUAUUGUCUGUUCUAUCGCAAUGUUUUCCGGAGAAGCUCUUAGUGAUACUCCGCCUAAUGGGCUGGUACUGCUUUAUUAUCUUGAGGAUCGCGGUAUUUGUUUACUCCUUUUAUCGUUGCGAUGCUAGAUUUUACCAAUAUUGAUUGUUUGGCGGCGGACAUGACCCAAGGUCCAUCGAAUUUAUUGAGCGUUGUAUUUAGUAUGGCCGUCCCCUUCAAUUGUCGUGAACGUGACUGCAUCUUCUG